AGAUGGCGGCAGCAGCAGCAUCAGUUGCUGCUGCAGCGGCGCUGGGAGCUCGGUGCCGUUUCCCGGGACGGCCGUCAGGACGGGGUCGAUGUGGAAGAAUGGAGCGUGCACGGGUGCGGUUACGGAGCAUCCAGCGGGUUGUCCAGGAAGCCCGUCCGGGAGGAGAAACCGAGUACAGUGGUGCCUGUCAUGGCCUACCCCCGGACAAGGCCGUGCUGCGCCUCUUUGGGUUGCUGUGGAGUAUGCAACGCUUUCGGGCGUUGGUCUUUGGACGGGGGAGUUGCAGUGAAGACAACACUAGCAGUGAUGAGGAGCAGGAAUUCCUUGGUUUUCAUCCCGAAGAUGAUGUUGUUGGAAGCCCUUUACGAUCCUGUUUACGAUCUCAAAAAGAUAAGUAUAUGGGACGCCACUUAAAAGAAGACACGAAGAGCACUUUUCCUGUUGCAAAAGAUGUAGUAUGUCCUGUUGCUGGGCAAGCAACACCUGCUUCUGUUUCUCCUAAGUUUGAUGCUGUUUCUGCAAAAAAUGCUUCUGAUAGACUUUUUGAUGCCUCCACAAGACGGGAUGCAUUAAAUUCCAUCCCUCAGAAGGUACUGCCCACUUCAGCAAAAGAAUCAGAUUCUACAGCACAGAAGCAAGAUAGCUUACUUGUCGAUCUGGUAAAAGAGGAAGAAAUAUCUUCUCGUUUAACAAAUACCAUUAAACAUGUGAAAGAAAAAAGAAUUUAUUCACAAAGUGAAAAAUCUAGUACUGUUUUUUUGCAACAGGGGACUGGAGAGUUGGUUUCUGAAAAGGUAUUUUCCCCAUCAAUUAAGAAAGGUGAACCAAAGUCCACCUGUCAGAAACUGAGGUCUUGCAGUCCAUCUGCAGUCACAUCACACAGGACAAAGCAAAGCAGAGAAUUGAAAUCAGAUGGAAAAAAGGCACAUUCUCCUAGUAAAAGUAGGAAUAAAGAACAUUUAAAGCAGGGCAAUAGUAGAAGUACUUUAAAGAAAGUUAGUGCAGUAAGCAGUAAUAGAGUUAAAAAAAAGAAGCCUUUGUUUGCAUUAAAAUAUGUCUCCAAAGCAAAGAAACUAAAGGCAGCUAGUCUUUCUCAUAGUAGUGUUCGUUUAAAAGUUUUGAAGUUAGCUGGAAAUAAACCUCAAAUAAAACAAACUCCAGUGAAAAGUAAAAAUAUGCCCAAAGCACAUGUUGCUAAGAAGCAAUUCCUGCCACCACCUUUACAGACAGCAUGCUUAGGAAAAAAUGAAAACAUAACUGUGGAUGUUUCUGAAAAUCUAGACCUAAAAAACCAAACUGUGCAUCAUUGUAGAAAUAAAACAGACCGAUCGGUUUGCAGACUAAAAACUAAGGUCUCUGCAGACGAAGAGGAUACAAAACCACAACAGCCUGUUGACAAUCAGUCUUUAAUACGGCAUAUUUUACAAGACUCUAAGCACCACACAGCCUCUAAUGAUGAACAAACAAAUGAAAGUGUUGAAUUGCAUAGUUCAGCACAAGCAGAAAAUAAAAUUUGUAGUGUAAAUCGGAGAAGAGAAAAAACAGUCUGCCGUGUGGCUCAAAAGACUCAGCAAAAGGUUGCUCAGCAGGUCAUCCAAAAAGUGAAGGAAGUGACCCAGAAACAUGCAGUGGUAUCUUCUCAACAGCAAACUCCAGAGGAACUUCAGGUUGUAAAAACUACCUUUUUGAAGAACAUUAGACAAUUUAUUAUGCCAGUUGUCAGUGCUAGGUCCUCCAGAGUCAUUAAAACACCCAAGAGAUUCAUAGAUGAUGAGGUAGGCGUGCUUUCGAAGCCUACCCCUGCAAAACCAGUUGCUGAUAAUGUUGCUGUUGAUUGCAAAGCAAAGUCAGCCGCCAAAACCUCAAAGAAAUGUAGCAAGGGGGCUUUUAAGGAGCAGGAUCAAGUAGAGGAGGAUUCAUUGCCCAAGUCUCCAAGUCGUCUUCUACAGACUGAGGACAGUUUGUCAAAUGUUAAUGCUAUUGUAGUAGAAAAAGAGGAAGUAGAGGAGCAGCAGCAGCUUCCAAUCACAGAUUCGCAUUUAUCCACAAAUGAAAUUUCCCAGACUUUGUCAGAGUUUUCAAACCCUGUGUCACCUUCCUCAUUACUACCAGAGAAAAGAAGGUCUAUUCUUAGGGAGCCUACCUUUAAAUGGACAUCUGUUAAUCUAGGAGCAGAUUUACUUUCACCUACAAAAUGUGUUAAAGAAAAUAUUGCACAAAAAACUGUGUUUGAUUGCUUUAAGUCUAAUCAAAAACAUGGAGAUGCUAGUUCUCCUCAAAAACAUGGAGAUGCUAGUUCUCCUCAAAAACAUGGAGAUGCUAGUUCUCCUCAAAAACAUGGAGAUGCUAGUUCUCCUCAGAAACAUGGAGAUGCUAGUUCUCCUCAGAAACAUGGAGAUGCUAGUUCUCCUCAGAAACAUGGAGAUGCUAGUUCUCCUCAGAAACAUGGAGAUGCUAGUUCUCCUCAGAAACAUGGAGAUGCUAGUUCUCCUCAGAAACAUGGAGAUGCUAGUUCUCCUCAGAAACAUGGAGAUGCUAGUUUGCCUUCUGUUCAGCUUUCUCCAAGUCAAGUUUCAUUUUCAACUCCUCUGGCAGUUUCUAAAACAGAGUCUUGCAAGAGAACACCAUUACUUCGAGCCCCUCAAUUUACUCCUAGUGAAGCCCAUUCAAAAAUCUAUGAAUCCCUUAGUGUUUCUUCACAGACUGCAGAGUCACGGAAUGUUAUUGAACAGUCUGGUUCCUUGCAAGUAGUAAAAUCUCCAAAUAAGCAGUUAAUAGCAGACUGUGAGUCUCCUAAUUCAAGCUCUACCCAGUCUUCUCCUUUUACAGCAAAGGAUCUUGGUAGCGAAUCCAUUACUGGAAAGAGUUCAGAAUGUUCAGGACAUCUGGUACCUAAACAUCCGGCUGAGGUACCUGUAGACAGUACUCCAUCUGUCCCUAAGCAUGGUCUCUCAAGGACAAACCAUUUAAUGCUUCCUUCUUUUGUUGAGUUACACACAGAAAAAAACGAGUCUGGUGGAACUAUAAAACUACAAGAUGAGGAAAUUGUUAAAGUAGAAGAUGUGGACAGUCCUGGCGUUGUAAGAAAAUUAGCAUUUAGGACUUCUGCUGAUUCUACUUUAGGAAAGCAAACUGAUCAAGUUCAGAGGAGUUCUCCUGAUUUGCCUUUAGUAACGCAAGUUGAUCACGGACAGAGUCCUCCUGCUGCUUUAGAAGUUGACAGCAUCAAACUUAAGCCCCUUAGCACUGAUAAUGUGGAUUCUGCAGAAUUGUUAAAAGGUGAUUUUCAGGAAUCCUCAGGUGUGCGGCUGUCUGGAGUUGACCAGAAGAUGUUCAGCUUGUUGAAAAGGGCAAAAGUUCAACUGUUCAAAAUUGAUCAGAGGAAGUUAUUAAAGUCAUCACAGCUAGUUUCAAAAUCUGAACAGAUGGAGGUGUCAUCGGAUAUUUCAGGAAGCCAGAACAAUGAAUUGAAACAAGAAGUAGGGGCAGAAUCACCAGUUAGUGACACUAAAGCUCAGGAAUCUAAACGUCGUGGACCGAGGAUCAAGCAUGUGUGCCGUCGGGCUUCUGUUGCAUUAGGGAAGCCACGAGCUACAGUUGAAGAGGUACCAAGACUAAGUGCCUUACCUCUGUAUGAGAGGGAGAAAGUCAAAGCCAGGGUCCCAAGGGAUGAUACUUCUUCAGCAUCAGAGACCGAGACCAAUACCACACAACUGAAACAGCAGCGGCCUAAGGUGCAGCCCAAAAAUUCAGUGCCAUCACGUCAUUUUACAUCUCCUCAACCAAAGAAACCUAGAAUGUCCAGAUGUGGAGAGUGCAAAGGCUGCCAGACAUUAGAAGACUGUGGAAAAUGUGUGAACUGUUUAGACAAACCCAAGUUUGGAGGACGAAACACAAAGAAGCAGUGCUGUGUGUUUAAGCGAUGCGACAAGAUAGAGCGAAAGAAGCUACUCAGGCAGGCUCAAAAAGGUCGUGGAAGUGUACCUGCACGCAUCCUAAGAGCCCGUGCAGAUACUUCUGAUGAUUCUACUGAUGACGAAGAAUGGGCACAAAAGGGACAGUUUGUGGUGAGGAAUACAGAAAGUGAAGAAAAGACUGAUUUUUUGGACUGUACAGAGCAAGAUUCACAGAAGAAGCCCACUCGGCGCUGUGUGAGACAGCGGUUCUACUGUGACAUGUUUGAUGAAUCAGACGAGUCGGAUUUAGAAGAAAGGCCCCUGCUACGGAGGAGACCAUCUGAAGAUGAUGAUUUUGUCCCCUAUGAAGGCUUCGAUGAGCAAAGACCACAACGUAGAUCAAACUCGCAGAGCAGUUUACAGCUAAAAACCAAAAAGAAGCCAGAGAAGAUUUCAGAAGUUUACAGUGCUCGUCUUACUACACAUAGUUGUCCCAAAGAGCAGAAGAUUAAAGCUCUGAGCUGUUUUCAAGCUGCUUCCUGUACCCAAGGGACAUUGUUUGAUUCCUUCCACUUCACCUUUCCUGCUCAGGAACAGCAGCUGCCUCCAAACAUUCCAAGCUCAUUCAGCUUGGGAUGUAAUGGGAAACAAAAGGCACCACUGGAUGGAAUUCAUCGAAUCAGGGUUGAUUUCAAGGAGGAUUGCAGCUUGGAGAAUGUAUGGUUGAUGGGAGGACUGAGUGUUCUUACCUCAUUUCCUGGAAUGCCACAAGAUGUUUGUUUGCUUUGUGCUAGCAAAGGAUGUCAUGAGCUGGUUUACUGUCAGGUAUGCUGUGAGCCUUUUCAUACCUUCUGUCUAGAAGAAAGCGACCGUCCUCACCCAGAUCAGAUUCUUAACUGGUGCUGUCGCAGGUGCAAGUUCUGUCAUGUCUGUGGAAGAAAAAACAAAGCAUCCAAGCCUCUUCUAGAGUGUGAACGGUGUCAGAAUUCUUACCAUUUCACAUGUCUUGGACCCAACUAUCCAACAAAGCCUACUAAAAAUAGAAAAGGAUGGGUCUGCACAAAAUGUAUACGCUGUAAAAGCUGUUCAGCAACUCCUGGUAAAAAUUGGGACACAGAGUGGUCACAUGACUACAGCCUCUGUCCAGACUGUUUUAAGCUGUUUGAUAAAGGUAACUACUGUCCAAUCUGCACCAAGUGCUACGAGGACAAUGACUAUGACAGUAAGAUGAUGCAGUGUUCCAAAUGUGAGCAUUGGGUACAUGCCAAGUGUGAGGGUCUUUCAGAUGAAGACUAUGAAAUACUUUCUAAUUUGCCAGAAAAUGUGGUAUACACUUGUCAGCCUUGUACAGAGGGCAGACCUGCUGCAUGGAAGCAGACAUUGAAAUCGGAACUACAGACUGGUCUCAGGAAAGUGAUGGAGGGGCUUCUAUCCUCACGGCUAACAGAAUCCUUCAUUCGGUGUAGAAAGUGUGAAAGUGGAAGAAGAGAAAUCAGCACAACUGAUAAUGAAAAGCCAUGUGACUUAGAAGCAGUGCAAAGGAAAGUAGAGGAAGGGCUUUAUGAAUCUGUUCAUACAUUCAGUAAUGAUGUAGCAGCCAUCAUUCAGUUGCAGAUUACUGAAGAGAAGAAUGCCAAAGACGGUGUAUUGGUCAAGACUUCCUUUACGAAGCUUAUGGACCAGUUUUUCAGUUGGUUCAGUGCUCAAGAUUGCAAAUACUCCGGGAAGAAUCGAAGUAUGCAGAAUGGGAUACUGCCAAAUGCAGUGGUUCCUCCAUCUUCUGACCACAUUUAUGCACAGUGGCGUGAACGUGCUGAGGUACCAGUAGUGAGUACACCGAAGAGUCAACCUGAAGAAGAUGGACCAGUUCAAGGUAUAAAAGAGAGAGCAACUUUCAAGCAAGAACACGAAGCCUUAUCUUUAGAGGACGACUUGAGACAGUGUGCCCUAUGUCUCCAGAAUGGUGAUGCCAGUCCCAAGAAUGCUGGACGCUUGCUGUAUAUUGGACAAAAUGAGUGGACCCAUGUUAACUGUGCUAUUUGGUCAGCAGAGGUUUUUGAAGAGAAUGAUGGAUCCUUGAAAAACGUGCACAUGGCUGUGGCAAGAGGGAAGCAAAUGCGUUGUGAGCACUGCCAGAAGCCUGGUGCAACUGUUGGAUGUUGCCUUUCUACUUGCCAAGCUAAUUUCCACUUCAUGUGUGCCAGAGCUCAGGACUGUGUAUUUGAAGAAGACAAGAAAGUCUACUGCCAAAAGCACAAGCAACUUAUUGAAGGCAAAACUGUUCCACCAGAUGGUUUUGAGGUACUAAGAAGAAUAUACGUUGACUUUGAAGGAAUCAAUUUAAGAAGGAAGUUUUUGACUGGUCUAGAGCCAGACAGCAUUAACAUGAUGAUAGGAAGCCUUCGUGUAAGAGAGCUGCACACUAUCUCAGACCUAAGUGUGUGCAAGGGACAACUGUUCCCCAUCCCUUUCCAAUGUUCAAGAAUGUACUGGAGUACAGCUGAUGCCAGACGGAGGUGCAAGUACACUUGCCGGAUAACAGAAUAUCGUCCUGCAGUGGUAGUAAAGGAAGUUGAAAGUCCUGUAGAUCAGGGGGACAACCACACCAUUGUGCACAGUCCAAAUGCAUCAGCAGAGGGAGACAUUGUAAGUAAACAAGCUAAGCACACAGGAAAAAUUCCAUCAUCCCCAGAACGUCAUUCUCUUUCGCAGAAUCCAGGACCACUACCUCCUCCCAGACCUGAUUCAUCAUUUUCAAACCCCAGGUCACUUUUAGGGGCUCGCAUCAAAGUUCCAAACUACUCUCCAUCUCGACGCCCUCUUGGAGGGAGCAGUAAACCUCUUCCUUCUCCAGGCAGUCCACUUACUGUGUCUCAUCACAUCCUUACUGUUAGUGACCCAGACAUUGCACCUAUGCGGCGAGCAAGAAGACACAGUCCUAUGUCACACUGUACAGUUUCACGUAGCAGGGUUGCCUCCCCACCUCGGGGGAGUAGUGCCAACAUCAAAAAUACUUUUAGUUCCUCAGGAUCUGCUAGUCUCAGGGGAGGAGCACCUCACUCAGUUGCUGGUGCUUCUUUGCAACAUGGUGCUUUAUCUAACUUCGUAGACCAAGAUUGUGGACUGAACCCAGGAGAGCUAAAAGCUUGUGUAAAUCAGCUGCCUACCUCACUAAGUUUCACAGGAGUAAAAUCUCAAGGGAACAGUUUUUUUAAACCUUUGAGCAGGACUGAUAUUCAGGCACCUACCUCAAGACCCUUGCCUCCUUCUGGGAGUGUUUUACAUCACAAGGGCAAUGGUGACUGGUUUACAAGAGAAAAAAAUACAUGCACCACUGAUUCCAUAACUCAUAGUGAUGUCCACAAUCUACUCAAAGAUAAUAUUACAGAAUCUCCAGAAAAAGUAGCUGUCAGUCUGGAGGCAUCAGAGGUACAAAGAGAUUCACAAGACUUGUUUCCCUGCAAAGAAACUCAUUCAGCAUGUAUGGAUUUUAAUCAGGUUAACAAAGGCAGUAAUGAAAAGGGAUUUUCCACAGCAGCAGGUCUGCUGAAUUCUUUGAUCUCUCCUGUGGUGGAGACUCAUAUGAUAACGGAUCAAGAAUUUUGUUCUGAUGCUUUUGAUGAAAGUGACAUGGAAGUUGUUUCAGCUCUCAAUGUCUCAGAUCUAGAAUUUGAUGAAACCAUUUUGAAUGAUUCCUUUCAGGAUGAUGAUUUGCACUGUGGUGCACACAUUAUUGUGGGAGGGGAAAGUGAUGCAGGUGCAGCAGUAGAUGGAAUCCCUUUUGAUGACUCAAAUAAAAGCUUGGAAUUUUGUACAGAUGAUGACCAAAUGGAUGGUGAUAGUUCUUCUGAAGAAGAACUUGACCAUUACUACCAGUUUACCCGGACUGUAGUCACACAGGACCCCUUUCAGGAGUUAACUCCAAAUUAUUCCAGCUUGCAUGUUGGUAUUCCUAAGAUUGAUCAGUUAGAUGGAAUUGAUGAUAGUAUGGAGAGUGACACUAGUAUAGCCACCACUGAUAAAAUUAAUCUUGCUGCUGACAAAGCCAAUGCCCCCCUUGGACGUAUGGGGACUUCUGAGGCACCUGGUGGUACACAAGUCCCAGAUCUUCAUGAAGUAACAAAACGUAAUGACCAAAACUCUGAAAAAUGUACGGCUGCAGAAGCUGAAAUGCUCAAACCUUGUAAUGCAGGCACCAUUCCUCAAAGUAUUCAGGAUACUACUGCACCUGCCCACAGUGAUGUGGAGAAAGCCGUUUUAGACCUUCCACUGGACAUUGUGGAUUUUGUAUUAAAGAAUGAUGAUGCAGCACAUAUGUCUGUUCCCAGGAAGGGUGUGCAGAAUGCAGUGUCUUCAGGGAGUUUUGCCACAUGUGAAGAUAACACUGUUGCAUCGGAUCAUAAUACAGCUUCAAAUGAUCAUACUGGUGGACAAAGAUUAGGUCUUGAUGUUCCUUUAGGGCUCAGAGAGGAUUCUCACCUGCAGAGGUACAAGAAGGUAGUCAGCCAGUUAUACAUCCUACAGUUGUAUAUGUGACUAAUCAAUGCAGGAGUGUUAAGUAAUGUUGCUGUGCCUACAUGUCCACCAUUUUGUGAGCAGCGCAAAGUUGUUGCAAAUGCACAAGCAGUUAGCGCACCAGUCGAUCACAGUAUAAUAACCACAGGGCACCUGGGUGUUGCAAAUGGGCAAGCAGCAGUGGAUCGCACUGUAAGUACAAGACAACUGCAUGAGCCACCACAGCUUCAGAGAGUUUGCCAGGUUAUUUCUCAGAGCACAGAUGUCAGUGGUUUGCCUAACACAGUAGUAGCGCAAGAAUGUUUAUCACAGGCUCUUCAAAAGUCUGGUUCCCGAGUCAUUUGGGUGAACAGAUCAGGGCAUGUAUUUGUAAAAACACAGGAUGUAGGUACGGAUGGAAUUAACAGUUCUGGCUUUACAUUGGUUGGACAGCUGAAGUCUGUGGUUCCUGGUCAUACUUCAUCUUCUGUGUUGAAUUCCAGUGGGCACAUUUCAGUUCCAUAUCCUAAUUCAGCCUCUUCAUGUGGAACAUCAGUAAAUUGCCAGAAUGGAACAAAAGAUCAGAAUUUAGUAAACACUGUUAAUUUAACAAGUGUGGGAGAAGAAAAAAGAACAGAAAUGCAAACAUUUCCAUGCAAAACAAUUUCUACAGCUUGUCUUGGUUCUGAUGUAAAAAAGCCCAAAGCAAAAUGUAUAACUCCUAAGACAAAAAUGGCCACCAACGUUAAAAAAGGCAAAACAGACAUAGUAUGCAAGUCUUUGGCUUCUGCCAGUGUGCCACAGCCUAAUCCAACAGUUUUUUUGCAAGCAUCUACACCAUUGAACAUCUUGGGGAAUGAAAUGUCCACAUGGACUAUCAGUGCCCCUGUUCAUAAGGUUGUUCCAGCAGUCAGUGUUGUGGCUACAGGACCCCAGAACUGUGGGCAAGUAACAGUAGGACCUAUUGCAUUAAUGGCUCGACCCACAGACAUUCAGCAGACCUGUUUACCUCAAGGCUUGUCUGUUAACUCGAGUAUAGUGGGAAUUUCUGCGGAUGUUCCUAAACUGUCUUCACCAACACAGAACCCCACAAGCCAUAUAGUAACACCUCAACAUUUAAACCGGACUUUGGAAAACAAGAACAGCUCUGUCAUUAUUAAGCAGGAAGGGAAGGUCAGUCCUAAAAGUACAAUGAUUAACCCUACUAGAAUUGUGUCACAUACAGAGACUCCAUCUGGUGUUAGAAUGAAACGAAUUUCAGAAGUUCAAGACAAUGUAGAGUUCAAGAAGAAAAAACUGGAUAAUGAAGAAAUGGUGCACCGAAUUGUGUUAACAGUGAAGCAGAAUUCAUCGUCUGCAGGUACUUCAAAGCAGCUUUCUGAGCCAUUGACCUGCAGCAGUCUACAUUUGGAGAGAAAUGAACAUGAUCAGAGCCUUCAGAUGCAUGACUCUUCAGGUGUUCAGACAAGCUCUGAGGAUGAGGCUCCUGUAAAGAAAGAAAGGGAAGAAAAUCAUGGACAGGAAACUGAGAAUGAGUGCCCUCACCUGCGGUUUGAAAUAAGCAAUGAAGAUGGGUUUCAUGUGCAUGCCGAUAGCCUUGAAGUUGCAUGGAAGAUGGUGGUAGAGAAGGUUCAAGAAGCCCGGACAAAUGCUCGUCUCAAACAUCUGUCUUUUGCAGCAAUGAAUGGUUUACGAAUGCUGGGAAUACUUCAUGAUGCUGUUGUCUUCCUUGUGGAGCAGCUGUAUGGAGCACACAGAUGCAAGAAUUACAAAUUCCGCUUCCACCAGCGUGAAGAGGAGGAGGAGGAGCUACCUAUUAAUCCUCAUGGAUGUGCACGAGCUGAAGUAUAUGUCAGAAAAAAUACUUUUGACAUCUUUAACUUCCUGGCCUCAACACACCGAAUGCUUCCAGAGUGUGGUCCUUACGAUGAAGAGGAAGAUGAAGUACAGCUGAAAUCAACAAGGAGAGCAACAAGCUUAGAUCUACCAAUGGCAAUGAGGUACCGUCAUCUGAAGAAGACAUCCAGAGAAGCAGUAGGAGUGUACAGGUCUGCUAUCCAUGGUCGUGGGCUUUUCUGCAAGAGGAACAUUGAUGCCGGAGAGAUGGUGAUUGAGUACUCUGGAAUUGUCAUCCGCUCAGUUCUUACUGAUAAGAGGGAGAAGUACUAUGACAGUAAGGGAAUUGGAUGCUACAUGUUUCGGAUCGAUGAUUUUGACGUUGUUGAUGCUACCAUGCAUGGAAAUGCAGCUAGAUUUAUUAACCAUUCAUGUGAACCAAACUGUUAUUCGCGUGUCAUCAAUGUUGAAGGACAGAAACACAUUGUUAUCUUUGCUCUACGCAAAAUUUAUCGUGGGGAAGAGCUAACGUAUGACUAUAAAUUUCCAAUUGAAGAUGCCAGCAACAAGCUGCCUUGCAACUGUGGGGCCAAGCGAUGCAGAAGGUUCUUAAACUAAGAAGGGAUGAUGAGCUGGUCUCUGUAUUACUCAGGCCCGUGACAAGAUAAGAAAUUCUGUAUGGAGAACUACAGGACUGUGUUAUCUGGCACCUUUGUAAAGGCCAUUGAGGUCUAGGUUCCAAAUCUGCCAUAUUGAGCAGUGCUGUUUGCUGCAGUGUAGUUAAUAGCACAUCACAAUUUAAAAAAAAAAAAAAAAAAAGGCGCAGGCUCAGCCUGUUUGUGCUAGGAACGUUUGUUUUUAGCAUCCUGCUGAUGGUCAGUGGCAUUUUUGUAAAGAAUAGUCUACAGAUUCAAAAUUUGAAUAAUUUAUUUUAUAUCUGCCUUUUGUCUCGUUUGUUAGCUUUUGUUUUCCUUUCCUUUCCUGUCUUUCAUCUGCUGAAACCAUUUCCAAGGUCACAAACGUACACCCUGCUUUUCUUUAUGCUUGCCAUUUUCCCACUUGUGUGACUAAAGAGUAUCUUCAUUAUCCUUCACCAGAUGCAGACAUUUCAGUUUGUUCAGUGAAGUGAAGCAGGACAGGGACUUUGAUUUUUCUGGAAAAAUCUGUUAACAGCAAUGCUGUGAUGAUCAGCUGUACCCUGACAAAAUCCAGGAGAUAGCAGAGUUUUGAUGUGUCUGGGUAUUCACAACCUCACAUUUCACAGAAUGGACUUCAUGUAUUUUCAUUUUUGAGGGCAGUGUUUUCACAAGCCUACUGCUGUUAUAGUUUGUUUUUAGCAUUUGUGUGUUGUCGAGCCAUCACUAAAACACUGAGAUGAGCAGAGUUUAAAGCAGGUAUGGAAAUUACCAUCCAAAACCAAAUUGAGCAACAGUGAUAACUUCUGUGCUAGAUUUCCACCGUGAAAUGUAGUAAGAUCUAAGCUGUGGAAACUGCUCUAUUUUGCAGGGUUUCAGCACAUUUCUCAGGAAUUUGAGGGGGCGUGCAGGUUUUUAAAUGUCAUUUUCUUGUCAGAGUUACAUGAGGAAAGCAUCAGAAAGAAAAUGUAAUCUUCGACCCUGGUGUAAUUGAGCCAUGUACUUUUAAAGCAGAGUCAUUUGUCUGGGCUUUGUGCACAGCAGAGACACCGAAGAUGUUUUGCAACAUUUUCCAUUACGUAGUAAUUUUGAGCAGUCUGUCAUUUCUCUCCAUUGUUUAAGUCCUAUGCUGCCUUUUUUUUUUUUUUUUUUUUGAAAAUGUUGCCACUUUAGCUUUGUGUAACCCAAGGUUACUAAUUUGUCUAUAUUUAUUUUUAAUAUAAAAAAAAUGACUGGGGAGAGGACAAACUUGUAGUAAUCAUCACUACAUUUCGGAAGUCGCCCUAUUUUGUGGGUGAUAGGCCUCAAAAUUAUAUAAACCUGUUUCCCUUUAUUUAAAAAAGCUAAAUGAAAGCUGCAGGCAUUAAGAAAGCAGUGCCUAGUAACCAUUUCUUUGGAUCACUGCAUUAGUAUUAAGAUUUCAGCUUUGUUUCAGUCAGUUAUGCUGUUCUAAAAUUUGGUGAUACAUGCUGUUCUGAUUGUCAGGGUCAUUGUGACUGCAGUAAUAUUAGGUAUAUUUACAGUGGAAUUCAGAUGUAGUAUUUGUACCUCCAGCCAGCAGCUGUACCUGAAAUAUUCCCGUGCCUCUUUGUAAUAAUUUAUCGUUUUAGUUUAGUGGGUAUGUGAGAUAAAGUGUUGCAGAUUUACAGAACAGGUAGAUCACUUGUUGCCUAUUUCAGAAAGGUUUUUCAAUGUUAGUAAGUUCAUUGUAGGUCCAAUUGCAUCAUUUUAUAGUUUUCUGCAUAUAUGAUCUUGGACCUGGCAUGUGCAGUGCCUUUGCUUUACAGAUGCAGGCAGGCUGAAAAGGUUAAAUCUCAAGGGUUUGCUGUGCAAGUUAAGUUGCCCAUUCUUCACAUUCCGUUGCCAGUGUAUGGGACAGAAAUGUAUUUUGAAGAGAUUUCAGUUAGUGUUUUUUCAUUGCAAUACAAAACCAAACAUUUGCUUCUUAAUUUUGUGGCUGGCUUAAUCCAGUGUAAAUUGUCUUUCUCAUGUUAGUGAUUGCUUCUGUUGGAGCAGAACACAGCAGUAAUAAAUGGUUAGUUUUCAAACCUACUAAAGAAAUCCACAUGGUUGCAGAGACUAUGUAAAAAUGCACUCUUAUGGAAAUCAUUGAAUGCUUCCUAACCAUAAAGGGUUUUCUUAUUUUUUUUUUCCUGUGCACUGAUUUGUGUCCAUUGUUAUAGUUAAACUGAAUCAUUGUAAGUUUGUCCAUUGUGGGGAUUUGCCUGUCCUUUUUACAGAAUUGACAUUAGCAUAAUUUGCCAUUGUUAUUAUGACUUAGAGACUGGCAUGUUUUUUUUUUUUUUUUUGGUUAAAUUUCUGUACAGCACUUGGAUUAUACCAAAUCAUUAAAAGUUAAGACAGUUAUUGUCAUUGGGCAGAAUGACCAUCUGGCUGCAGAUGUUUGAUAAUUAACCUUUAUAUUGUCUGCAGUUAAUAUCAGAAAGGCCUGUGCAGUUUUAGUGAGUGCUAUCUAGUAUCUUCUGAAUACGGGUGUCUACACUUUUGCGUGUUAGUAGUAUUGGAGGCAGUGGGCAUAUAGCAAUAUUAGAGGAUAGAUUAAGUUGCAGGUAGUAACAGGAUUACCAGCACAUGUGAAUGGUAAUUUUUCAGUACAGGAUCACUGUACAGUGUUACUUUAGUGUGAAUGCGGAGAAGAGAAAUAUAACAUUGUACAUUUGGUAAGGCAGGAUUUCAAGGUAAAGUACCACUUUAAUGCAUGAAUGUUUUUUGAGUAAGCAAACCCAGCUUCAUGGAAUUGCAUUGUAUAACUGAUGGUGAGUUUGCCAAAACAAUUUCAUUUGAAUCAGCAUAACACCAAGUUAGACACAAUGACUGAAAUGGUGUCACCUAAACUUACUUUUGGAGGGGGGAAUGUUCUUUCUCUGCUCUAUUCAUAUUGAGGCUGUGCCCCUCAGUCCCCAUUACUUGAAUACUGCUGUUCAAGUAACACUUCCUAGCGAUACUUCCUAGGGGAAAGGGAGAGGUUAUCUUUCCUCCUCUGAGAUUAUAUAACCUAAAAGUUAUAGUGUUUAAGUGUCAGGCAUAUGGGACAUGAGAUUUACCUCUCUGCAAAAUGUUUAGCUGUUAACAUUUUCUUCACUGUAUUUGAUUUGAAAUUGUCAGUGGAUUAUUUAGUUAAAAAAGUGUGUUUCAAUGAACAGCUUUGACCACUUGCGCUGAAACAUAUAAAGCUUAAUGCCUUUCAUAUGUUUGUAUGGUACGUUGUUUAAAAAUGGUCUUCAACUAGGCAGAAAGUGUUGAGUCAUGGGGCAGCUAACAUUGUUAGCUUAUUCUUGUACUGUUAGUGUUUGUAUUAACAGUGGCCACUGUCGAUGAAGGCAGUAUGUCCAAACUCAUACAAUGCAUUCAAGCACCUUUCCUGUAAUUUUCAGAGAACAAGUAGAAACUUUGUUUCUUUUAGACAUUAUUGUCUGGCAUUAGAAUAUAUAGCUGCAAACAUCUUCCAUAUUCUUGAGUAUAGAUUCUAAUCAGUUGCUUGUUUUAUCCAGAACAGACUUCUCUGCAUUGCCUGCAUUUUUGCCUGCUUUUGUCCUGUAAACUGAUUUACUGGAUAUUAGGGUAGCAAAUAGAGUGGAGUGUAAGAAAAUACAGAGUGGUACGUUGCCUAAUUAGAUUUCUUGGGCAGGAAAUGUCUGAAAUCAGUGAAAGUGGAAAACAAGGUUAUCCUAGAAUAAAUAUGAUGUAUUUUAUAGCUUCUGUGUUUAUUCUGUGCAAUAUCUUGUACCUCAAGGUGCCAUUUUAUUUUCUCAGAACAGAAAAUGUCUCUUCACAGUCUGUUUUACAGUUGUGUACUGCACGGCACCUUAUUCUGUCACUUUACCUUUCUUAAUAGAGAAGUUUCUCAUUUUUUCUGCUAGUGUUACUCUUUCAUUAUUUCGCAUUUCUGUGCACUCAUAUGUGUUUUUACUCACAGCUUAGUCUCUUACCCUGCCAUAACAAUAUGUACCUCCACAGUUUUAUAUAGCCAUAUCAUGACAGUAGGUAACAUAACUGUGCAAUUUAAAUUUUGCAAAUAAGAUACCGAUGGGAAACAGAGUACUAUUUACUUUACACUGGCUAGAUAAAGAAGGGGAUGUUACUCCAGCACUCUUAAAAGUUGAUUGGUUUCUUCCCCUUCCUGUGUACUAGACUGAGCACUAAUUUUCUGCAGCUUCUUUUUUCUGUUAGGAGUACACAUUGGUUAGGAUCAUUAGUCUUUAUUUCAACUAAGAGUUUAAGUUUGCAGAAUGCAAGGCACAAGGAAUUUUAAUUCCCAUAGACCUUUCUGGCCCCUUAGUAGUAACUCAAGUUCAUCUCAAACUGUCAUCUUUGUUCCUUGGAUUCUGUAGACUUUCAGUGCCCUGUAAAACAAAAGCACUGUUAAGUUUGCCAUCCAGAAAUGUUGAUAUGUUCUCUUAGCUACCCACUCUACGGCUAUAUUUGUGGGUCCAUAUCAAGUCUACGGCACAGAAUAGCAUAUUAUGUUAGCCAUUGUGCCGCUAAUCCCCUUCAGUCUGUGCAUUAUGAAGGAGAUGGUUUUGCCCUCCUCCUCCUCCUCUUUCCUGUUUUUCUAGUCUCUGGGUUUGUGUUUUCUAGAUUUGUGGAAACUGCUUAGAUAAUGUACAGAAAUGUAAAUAUUUGUAUAUUUCUAAACCUGUUAUUUUCUAUGCACUUUUUUAUUUAAGAGAUCAUUCAAUAAAGAUGUUGAGAUGUUUGAACUCCUCGUUCCCGUAAUUUUAAAUAAAGAAUUUGCCAAGAUUUA